AUGCCCAAAGACUACCAGGAGGUCUACAGAGGGACAAAAAAUGAUGUUAAAGAGAUCCCAAAGAUUGCAAACCCCUUCGUUUCUGAGAUGAUCUUUGUGCAAACCAGCAUCACUGCUAUAAGGAAAGGUACCUUCAGGUACAUGCCCAACCUGAUCAAGAUUUUGUUUAUUGGCAACAAGAUCAAGACAGUUGAACCUGGAGCCUUUGAUAAUUUGGACAAACUGAGGGACUUGGGCAUCUCUGGUGCCUCAUUAGAAGAACUAGCUGCAGGCACUUUCCAAAACCUCCCAAGCUUGCAGAGGCUGGAGCUGCGAGACAGCCACCUCAGAUACAUCCCCAAAGGCCUGUUUGAUGGGCUGGAAAAUUUGGCAGAGCUCUCCCUGUGCAUCAAUGCAAUCCCUUCUCUUCCAGAAGGCGUUUUUGAUUCUCUUGUCAACCUAACAUUUUUGAACCUGGCUAGAAACAGGAUCACGACUCUUCCUGGGGAUGCCUUUAGCAAACUCGCCCGGCUGCAGGUCCUCCGGCUGUAUGAGAAUGAGUUGCAGGACCUCCAAGAGGGGCUGCUAGACAGUCAGUUGGGGCUGCUGGAGCUCAGCCUCCAGAAGAACAGGCUCAGGGUGCUGCCACCCAUGCUCCUGAGGAGCCUGCCUCACCUGGAGAAACUCCUCUUGGACAACAACUUCAUCAGGGUUCUCCCACCCCGGGGCUUUUUUGGUUUAAACAAAUUGAAGCUGCUGACUCUGGGUUCCAACCACAUUAUGGAGCUCCCCUGCUGCCUGUUUGACACCAUGCCACACCUGCGGGAGCUGGACCUGGGCAGGAACAGCUUGGCCACACUUCCAGACGGCAUCUUUGUCAACCUCACAUCUCUUGGCAAACUCAUCUUGUCCCACAACCAGCUGGCAGCCCUGCCAAGAGGAGCCUUCACUGGGCUCAGCAAGCUGUCAGACCUCCAGCUGGAUGCAAAUCUGCUCUCUGCUCUGGAUUAUGAGGCCUUUGCUUCUCUCCCAAACCUGAACACCCUCAACCUUCAGAAGAACCAGCUGGAGAGUGUUCCCCAAGGGCUUCUGGACUCCCUGAAGAAGCUCAGCUCAGUGUAUCUGAGUGGGAACCCAUGGAGAUGUGACUGCAACCUCUGCUACCUGCACAGUUGGAUCCUGGGCAACAGCCUUCGUCACUACCCCGUCACCAACUGUGCUGCCCAAGACCUCCAUCAGCACACCAUCAUCAACCAUGCUGCCAAAGACUUCCAUCACCACCACGUCAUCAGCUGUGCUGCUCGAGACCUCCAUCACCACCCCAUCACGAACUGUGCUGUCAAAGGCCUCCAUCAUCACCCCAUUACCAACUGUGCUGCCAAGGACUUCUAUCAACACACCACCAACUGUGCUGCCAAAGGCCUCCACUACCACCCCAUCACCAGCUACCAUACGAGCCCCUGGACGGCAUCCCCACCCCUACCCCCCAGCAGCCAUCAGGCCUGGGGCUUCGCCCUGCGGUCCAGCCCACGGCACUGCCGGGUCUCCCUGGGCCUGGGCCUGGCCGUGCUGGCACUGCAG